AUGGACACAAAAUUAAGAGACGCUUUAGACAAAAUAGUUGCAGAAUUUGCAAUUGACAAAGCUUUUCUUUGCAAAGCAACAAACCAAUUCCUUGCAUCGAUGGAUGCUGGCUUAGCAAACGAUACACCUACCAGAGAGUAUAUGCCAAUGAUUCCAACUUAUGUGACCUCUAUUCCAACUGGAAAGGAAAAGGGAUUAUUUUUAGCAGCAGAUUUGGGUGGCACAAAUUUCAGAGUUUGUUCAAUUGAUUUGAAAGGAGACCAUACUUUUGAUUUAAAACAAUCGAAGUCCCCUGUGCCUCUUGAUUUGAUGAAAGGUUCAAGUUCCGAUAAUCUUUUUAGUUUUUUGGCAGAAAAAGUUCAAAAUUUCUUAGUGGAACAUCACAGUGAUUUGAAUGACACUGCGAAGUUGAAAUUAGGUUUCACUUUCUCAUUCCCCGUUGAGCAAACCGCUCUUGACCGCGGUAAAUUGAUACGUUGGACGAAAGGAUUUGACUUACCCGACUGCGUGGGAAGGGAUGUUGUCGAAAUGUUACAGAAGCACAUUGAUAUCUUGAAUAUACCUGUGACUAUUGUAGCCUUAGCGAAUGACACUGUUGGAACAUUAUUGUCUAGGGCAUAUGUCAACGACAGCAAGAAGACCAACUCGAAUACUGUAAUUGGUUGCAUUUUCGGAACUGGAACUAACGGUGCUUAUUUUGAAAACAUUUCAAAUAUACCAAAGCUUGCUGGUGCUACUUUGCCAAAGGAUAUCAAGGGAAUGGUAAUCAACACUGAGUGGGGUUCUUUUGACAAUUCAUUAGAGAUCUUACCGAGAACUAAGUUCGAUGAUAUUGUUGACAAAGAGACAAGCAAUAAAGGAUAUCACCUCUUUGAAAAGAGAAUCAGCGGGAUGUUUCUUGGAGAAUUGCUCAGGGUGACAUUAAUUGAGCUCUUCAAUGAAGGACAUAUCUUCACGGAUUUGUAUAAGUCAAGAGGAAAUAAUUUGCCACAUAGACUUACCGAACCAUUCUUAUUGUCUUCCGAGGUUUUAUCAUACUUGCAAAUUGAUGACUCCACUGAACUCAGAAUGUCAGAAUUAAUUCUUGAGAAUCAAUUAAGAUUACCAACUACCACAAUUGAACGGCAAGUGAUUCAGGAAUUGACUCAAGCUAUUUCCAAUAGGGCAGCACAUCUCUCGGCUAUUCCCUUGGCUGCCAUUGUUAUGAGAGUUAAAGACCAAUAUGCCAGUGAUGAUAAGGAUCUCGAAGUUGGCUGUGAUGGCUCUGUCGUGGAAUUUUACCCUGGCUUCCAGAAGAAAAUCUUAGACGCUCUUCACUUGAUUGAUCCAUUGAAAGGCUCUGAAAAGAGAAUUCAUUUGAAGAUUGCUAAGGAUGGCAGUGGAGUUGGAGCCGCUUUGUGUGCAAGCACAGUAUGA